AUCAAAAAACGGAAAGGACCGGCAGGUUGGCAAACCCCAAAGAGGAACCGCCCAUCAGGUCUGAGUUCCCGGGAUCUCAGCAGCCGGGGACCCCAAAUCAAAUCGACCGUGGGAAUCCCCAGGGAAAGAAGGUUUCUUGCGGAGGGAUAGGAUUACUGAGCGCAGGCUGCAGGGAAGUACCCGGGGGGAGGGCGCCUCGUCGGAAGGACUUUCCAGCCACUCCGCGCUCAUCAAAAAGUUCCCUGUACAUGACCCCAGUGGCUCAUCGCAGGGAGUUUCUCUGAUGAACCCCAGCUCAGGGUUUAGGCUUCUUUUUCCCCCUAGCAGAGGACGAGGCAAGUUCUCUUUUCUGGUCUGACUGGCUUGGAAAUUCCCCACGCCUGACCCCGCCCCAGAGAAAUCCCCCGCCAGCGUUUAUAGGGCGCCGCGGCGGCGCUGCCGAGCCCACAACAGCGCGAGUCCGCCGCCCGCCCGUCCGCGCCACCGCCAGCGCCAGCGCCAGCGCGAGCAGCAGCGGCCGAGCGCACCCGGGAGCAGCGCCCGCAGCUUUCUCUGCGCCAUGUUCCAGCCGGCCGAGCACGCCCCGCAGUGGGCCAUGGAGGUGCCCCGGGAUGGGCUGAAGAAGGAGCGGCUGCUGGACGACCGCCACGACAGCGGCCUGGACUCCAUGAAGGAUGAGGAAUACGAGCAGAUGGUGAAAGAGCUCCGGGAGAUCCGCCUGGAGCCGCAGGAGGUGCCGCGCGGCGCCGAGCCCUGGAAGCAGCAGCUCACUGAGGACGGAGACUCGUUCCUGCACUUGGCCAUCAUCCAUGAAGAAAAGGCACUCACCAUGGAAGUGAUCCGCCAGGUGAAGGGAGACCUGGCCUUCCUCAACUUCCAAAACAACCUGCAGCAGACUCCACUCCACUUGGCUGUGAUCACCAACCAGCCAGAAAUUGCUGAGGCACUUCUGGAAGCUGGCUGUGAUCCUGAGCUGCGAGACUUUCGAGGAAAUACCCCCCUACACCUUGCAUGUGAGCAAGGCUGCCUGGCCAGCGUGGGAGUCCUCACGCAGACCUGCACCACCCAGCACCUCCACUCCAUCCUGCAGGCCACCAACUACAAUGGCCACACGUGUCUGCAUUUAGCCUCUAUCCAUGGCUACCUGGGCAUCGUGGAGCUUUUGGUGUCUUUGGGUGCUGAUGUCAAUGCGCAGGAGCCCUGUAACGGCCGGACUGCCCUCCACCUCGCAGUGGACCUGCAGAAUCCUGACCUGGUGUCACUCCUGUUGAAGUGUGGGGCUGAUGUCAACAGAGUUACCUACCAGGGCUACUCCCCAUACCAGCUCACCUGGGGCCGCCCAAGCACCCGGAUACAGCAGCAGCUGGGCCAGCUGACCCUGGAAAACCUUCAGAUGCUGCCAGAGAGUGAGGAUGAGGAGAGCUAUGAUACGGAGUCUGAGUUCACAGAGGAUGAGCUGCCCUACGAUGACUGUGUGUUUGGAGGCCAGCGCCUGACGUUAUGAGCGGAAAGGGUCUAAAAGAACAUGGACUUGUAUAAUUUGUACAAAAAGAGUUUUAUUUUUCUAAAAAAAGAAAAAAGAAAAAAAUUCAAAGGGUGUACUUACAACCACACUGCACACUGCCUGGCCUGAGACAUUUUACUGUGGUGGAUCAGCCUUCAUUUUGUUAUUUUUGUGAACUUUGGGGGACAAGAAGGAUCAUUGGAAUUCAAAGAAAACCUCUUUUAAACUUUUAGGGGGGGUUUGAAGAAGGUUAUCCAUAUUUGGUGAAAGGACCACAUUUUAUUUAUUGUGCUUUUGAUUGAACCACCAUGGAUUUGGUGGCUGCCCCCAGUUGUAUCCUGUGGCAUGUAACAGCCAGGUGUGUUGUCAAACCUGUGGAUGGUGUGGGUUAGAAGUGGCUGCCUAUCAAGGUGCGCGUUACCCUCCUGUAAAUGGUGUACAUAGUGUAUUUUGUCGGUAAUUAUUUUGGUACUUCUAAGAUGUAUAUUUAUUAAACAAGUUUUUAUGAAAA